CCUCGAUAAAAUAGACAAGAAAAAAAAAAAAAAGGCGAUUUCGGCUUAAAUUUAGAGCUUAGCUUCCAUUUCGGAGACCCCAAGGAGCAUCCUGAGACUCCCCCGCCCAAAUCCAUACGAAACCCCCAAAAUCGUCUUCUUCUGAGGCCAUGGCGGUUCCGGCGGCCGUAGUAGUGGUUCCUCUCGGUGUUCUCUUCCUCCUUUCGGGGUUGAUCGUGAACCUCAUUCAGGCUACCUUUUAUGUGGCGAUACGGCCGAUAUCUAAGACUACGUACAGGAGGAUCAACAGGGUGUUGGCCGAAUUGCUUUGGCUUCAGCUUGUUUGGCUUGUUGAUUGGUGGGCAGGAGUCCAGAUUCGCUUAUAUGCAGACUCUGAAUCCUUUCAGUCAAUGGGCAAAGAGCAUGCUCUCUUAGUCUCUAAUCAUAGAAGCGAUAUUGAUUGGCUAGUUGGAUGGAUUUUAGCGCAGCGUUCAGGUUGCCUUGGUAGCGCAUUAGCUGUCAUGAAGAAAUCAUCAAAGUUCCUUCCUGUCAUUGGUUGGUCGAUGUGGUUUACAGAAUAUCUCUUUUUGGAGAGGAGUUGGGCCAAGGAUGAAGACACGUUGAAGUCAGGUCUCGAAAGACUGAAGGACUUCCCUCAGCCGUUUUGGCUGGCACUUUUUGUUGAAGGUACCCGUUUCACGCCUGCUAAACUGCAGGCUGCCCAAGAAUAUGCAGCUUCACAGGGUUUACCAGUUCCGAGAAAUGUGUUGAUUCCUCGCACUAAGGGAUUUGUUUCAGCUGUAAAUAAUAUGCGAUCAUUUGUUCCUGCCAUUUAUGAUGUGACAGUAGCAAUUCCUAGAGAAAAGCCCGCCCCAACUAUGCUCAGAAUUUUGAAACGGCAGCCUUGUCAGAUCCAUGUUCACCUGAAGCGACGCCCCAUGAAUGAAGUGCCUGCGACAGAUGAAGCAAUAGCUCAGUGGUGCAGAGACAUGUUCAUGGCAAAGGAUUUUUUAUUGGAUAAGCAUCUAGCCCAAGGCACUUUUGGUGAAGAAGAUUAUAAACCCAUUGGUCGUCCUCUCAAGUCCUUGCUGGUGGUUAUUUCUUGGGCGAGUCUGCUAUCAAUUGCUUCCUACAGGUUCUUCGUAUGGUCAGAGUUAUUGUCCACAUGGAAAGGAACGGCUUUCACAACUCUCUCUCUGUUGCUCGUCACGGCCUGCAUGCAAGCUUUCAUCCUGUUUUCGCAGGCCGAGCGGUCCACAUCCGCCAAAGCCGCACAGGCCAGAGUCAAGAACUCAUAGGUGGUUCAAUAUGAUUUAAGAGAAUCAGGAUAGUAUUUCUUUCCAUCUACUUAUUAUUUCAAUUAAUAAAUUGUUUGUUGAUGUUGUUUAUCUAUUUCCUUAGUUUGAAUAUUGGAUUUUAGGUGCAAAAUGUAAUAUAUAUUUAUAUACACACAUAUUUGCAAAUCAACACUCUUACUCUGAUAGGCUAAUAAUUUUGCUCU